AUGCAGCAGCAGCAGCAGCAGCAGCAGCAGCAGCAGCAGCCCCACAGCCUUUCUGGGGUGUCUGUACACCUCAAGGUGCUGCAGCAAACAGCAGAUGAAAUAGCUCUUCCUUCUUCUCUCUCCCAGCAGAUGUUUCUACCCUCGCUGCUGCCCCCUUAUUCUUUCUGCAGCAGCAGCAGCAGCAGCAGCAGCAACAGCAGCAGCAGCAGCAGCAGCAGCAGCAGCAGGUUUCGUGAUCUGGCGGAGACCCUGAAGCAAGAGAGCUCCAAUUGGCUUCAGGAGAAUAGUAAUGCUCCUGCUGCUGCUGCUGCUGCUGCUGCUGCUGCUGCAGAUGGUCGGUGGCUUAGAGAAGCAUCGCAGCAGCAGCAGCAGCAGCAGCAACAGCAGCAGCAGCAGCAGCACAGCGAGAGAGAGGAGGAAGACAGAGGGGUUGCUGCUGAUGGACCUGCAGCAGGAGAAGCAAAGACAGCAGAAGAAACAGCAGCAGCAGCAGCAGCAGAAGCAGCAGCAGCAACAGUAGCAGCAGUUGAGCGAGAGAGAGGAGGAGGACAGAUGGGUUGCUGCUGA